GUCCAGUGAUUGGCUGUGAUCAGGUGAGUGGGUGGAGUCAUCUGGGGUUAAGAGUCGUGAUUGCCGCGUGCUCUCCCGGAGAGUCCAGUUUUGAGAGAAGAGAACGCGCGGCAUCAUGUCCCAGGCUGAUUUUGAUAAGGCGGCGGAGGAGGUGAAGCAGCUGAAGACCUCGCCCACCGACCAGGAGAUGCUGGAGGUGUACGCCCUGUUCAAGCAGGCCACAGUCGGGGACGUCAACACAGCCCGGCCGGGAAUGUUGGACUUCAAGGGUAAAGCCAAGUGGGACGCCUGGUCGGGGAAGAAGGGCACCUCCAAGGAGGAUGCGCAGGCGCAGUACAUCAAGCUGGUGGAGGAGCUGAAGGAGAAAUAUGGGUGUAACUGAAGGGUUAAUGGUGCGGCGGCUGAACGGCUCCUUGUGAUAAUAAACCUCCAGACUUUUA